AUAUUCUCCAACCACCUGCUCCUCUCCUCCCCUCUCUCCUCUCCUCUACUCUCUCUUCUCUCCUCUCCUGUCCUCUCUCCCCGUUCCACCUCCACUCUUCUCCUCUCCUCUUCCCUGGUGCUCUUCUCUCCUCUCCAUCCCCCGCUGCUCCUCCACUUGGCCUCAGGAGACGAGGAUGAGGACGAGGCGGGCGAGGAGCGGCUGCCGUCCUGCUUCGACUACGUCAUGCACUUCCUGACGGUCUUCUGGAAGGUGCUGUUCGCCUGCGUGCCGCCCACCGACUACUGGAACGGCUGGGCCUGCUUCAUCAUCAGCAUCGUCAUCAUCGGCUUCCUCACCGCCGUCAUCGGGGACCUGGCCUCCCACUUCGGCUGCACCAUCGGACUCAAGGACUCCGUCACCGCCGUGGUGUUUGUGGCCCUCGGGACGUCAGUACCAGUCUUCGUGGCCCCUGGGACAUCCGUGCCAGGAGUGUGA